AUGGCUGUAGGUGGCGCAGUAGUCGACAAGGAUAUCGUGACGACAGGCCCAAACGACGUGGAUACGCAGGUCCACGACAAGUUACCGGUUUACCUGGACCAGCAGCCUAAGCUCUUUGCACCAAAGGAAACACUUUGGACCGUGUUCAUAGGCAUCAACGAUAUCUACCGGACCAUAACUCAAGAUGAUCAAGAAGAGACCAUUGUCGCUAUUAUCGCGCGAAUUCGCCAGCUCACUCUUGACUUGUACAGCGAUGGCGCUCGGCAAUUUCUUUUCGUGUCAACGCCCCCACAGUCUUUGUUCCCAAACAACAGGCCCAAGGACAUUGCACCCAAGCUCGAAGCAGCGAGUCAAAGUUGGAAUAAGAAACUUAAGAAGCUUGUGCAUGACUUGGAUCGUGAGCUAAAGCAUAGCACUUUCUUCUUAUUCGACAUUGUUCCUCUAAUCACAGCUGUUACGGAAGACCCUUCACAGUUUCCUGAAACAGCAAUCUACAAGAGCAACGCCUUUUGCGCCGACUAUAAAUCGUAG